GCCUGGAGUUUCUGUGACUCCAUGCUUCCUGCAGCCCGUCUCUUCAUCUCAGCAGAUUCCAGACAUAGAAUCACUCCAUGCAACCAAGAAAGGUGUUUCCUAUGUGGACCUUGAAGAGAGAAUUUCUUAUCCUUUUUAACAUAAUCCUAAUUUCCAGACUCCUUGGGGCUAGAUGGUUUCCUAAAACUCUGCCCUGUGAUGUCUUUUUGGAUGCCCCAAAGGGCCAUGUGAUCGUGGACUGCACAGACAAGCAUUUGACGGAAAUUCCUGGAGGUAUUCCCGCCAACGCCACCAACCUCACCCUCACCAUUAACCACAUACCAGGCAUCUCUCCAGCCUCCUUUCACCGGCUGGACCAUCUGGUAGAGAUCGAUUUCAGAUGCAACUGUAUACCUGUUCGACUGGGGCCAAAAGACAACGUGUGCACCAGGAGGCUGCAGAUUAAACCUAGAAGCUUUAGUAGACUCAUUUAUUUAAAAGCCCUUUACCUGGAUGGAAACCAGCUUCUAGAAAUACCUCAGGAUCUUCCUCCCAGCUUACAGCUGCUGAGCCUUGAGGCCAACAACAUCUUUUGGAUCAUGAAAGAGAAUCUAACAGAACUGGCCAACAUAGAAAUGCUCUACCUGGGCCAAAACUGUUAUUAUCGCAAUCCUUGUAAUGUUUCAUUUUUCAUCGAAAAAGAUGCUUUUCUAAAUCUAAAAAAUUUAAAAUUGCUCUCCCUAAAAGAUAACAAUAUCACAGCUGUCCCCACUAUUUUGCCAUCCAGUUUAACAGAACUCUAUCUUUACAACAACAUCAUUGCAAAAAUCCAAGAAGAUGAUUUUAAUAACCUCAAUCAGCUGCAAAUUCUUGACCUAAGUGGAAAUUGUCCUCGUUGUUAUAAUGUGCCAUAUCCUUGUACACCCUGUGAAAAUAAUUCUCCCCUACAGAUCCAUGUAAAUGCUUUUGAUGCAUUGACAGAAUUACAAGUUUUACGUCUACAUAGUAACUCUCUUCAGUAUGUGCCCCAAAGAUGGUUUAAAAACAUUAACAAACUUAAGGAACUAGAUCUUUCCCAAAACUUCUUGGCCAAAGAAAUUGGGGAUGCCAAAUUUUUGCAUCUUCUUCACAACCUUGUCCAGCUGGAUCUGUCUUUCAAUUAUGAACUUCAGGUCUAUCAUACAUCUAUGAAUCUAUCAGACGCAUUUUCUUCACUGAAAAACCUGAAAGUUUUGCGGAUCAAAGGAUACGUCUUUAAGGAGCUGAACGACCGUAACCUCUCCCCAUUACGUAAUCUUUCCAAUCUUGAAAUUCUUGAUCUUGGCACUAACUUCAUAAAAAUUGCUGACCUCAGCAUAUUUAAACAAUUUAAAACACUGAAAGUCAUAGAUCUUUCAGUGAAUAAAAUAUCACCUUCAGGAGAGUCAAGUGAAGUUGGCUUCUGCUCUAACAUCAGAACUUCUGUAGAAAGUCAUGGGCCCCAGGUCCUUGACACAUUACAUUAUUUCAGAUAUGAUGAGUAUGCAAGGAGUUGCAGGUUCAAAAACAAAGAGACUUCUUCUUUCUUGCCUUUUAAUGAAGGUUGUUACAUGUAUGGACAGACCUUGGACCUAAGUAGAAAUAGUAUAUUUUUUAUCAAAUCCUCUGAUUUUCAGCAUCUUUCUUUCCUCAAAUGCCUCAACUUGUCAGGAAAUAGCAUUAGCCAAACUCUUAAUGGCAGUGAAUUUCAGCCUUUAGUGGAGUUGAAAUAUUUGGACUUCUCUAACAACCGGCUUGAUUUGCUCUACUCAACGGCGUUUGAGGAGCUACACAACCUGGAAGUUCUAGAUAUAAGUAGUAACAGCCAUUAUUUUCAAUCAGAAGGAAUUACUCACAUGCUUAACUUUACCAAGAACCUAAAGUUUCUGAAGAAACUGAUGAUGAACAACAAUGACAUCUCUACCUCCACCAGCAGGAUAAUGGAGAGCGAAUCUCUUAGAACUCUAGAAUUCAGAGGAAAUCAUUUGGAUGUUUUAUGGAGAGAUGGUGAUAACAGAUACUUAAAAUUCUUCAAGAAUCUGCGGAACUUAAAGGAAUUAGACAUCUCUGAAAAUUCCCUGAGUUUCUUGCCUCCUGGAGUUUUUGAUGGUAUGCCGCCAAAUCUCAAGACUCUCUACUUAGUCAAAAAUAGGCUCAAGUCUUUCAAUUGGAGAAAACUCCAGUACCUGAAGAAUCUAGAAACUUUGGACCUCAGCUACAACCAGCUGAAGACUGUCCCUGAGAGAUUAUCCAACUGUUCCAGCAGCCUCAAGAAACUAAUUCUUAAUAAUAAUCAAAUCAGGCGUCUGACAAAGUAUUUUCUACAAGAUGCUUUCCAGUUACGACAUCUGGACCUCAGCUCAAAUAAAAUCCAGAUUAUCCAAAAGACUAGCUUUCCAGAAAACGUUCUCAAUAAUCUGGAGAUGUUGCUUUUGCAUCAUAAUAGGUUUCUGUGCACCUGUGAUGCUGUGUGGUUUGUCUGGUGGGUUAACCAUACAGAGGUGACUAUUCCCUACUUGGCCACAGAUGUGACUUGUACAGGGCCAGGAGCACACAAGGGCCAGAGUGUGGUAUCUCUGGAUCUGUAUACCUGUGAGUUAGAUCUGACUAACUUCGUUCUGUUCUCACUUUCCAUAUCAGCGGCUAUCUUUCUGAUGGUGGUUACCACAGCAAGCCACCUCUAUUUCUGGGAUGUGUGGUAUAGUUACCAUUUCUGUAAGGCCAAAAUAAAGGGGUAUCAACGUCUGAUAUCACCAGAUUCUUGCUAUGAUGCUUUUAUUGUGUAUGAUACUAAAGACCCAGCGGUUACAGAGUGGGUUUUGGAUGAGCUGGUGGCCAAAUUGGAAGACCCAAGAGAGAAACAUUUUAAUUUAUGCCUCGAGGAAAGGGACUGGUUACCAGGGCAGCCGGUUCUGGAAAACCUUUCCCAGAGCAUACAGCUUAGCAAAAAGACAGUGUUUGUGAUGACAGACAAGUACGCAAAGACUGAGAAUUUUAAGAUAGCAUUUUACUUGUCCCAUCAGAGGCUCAUAGAUGAAAAAGUGGACGUAAUUAUCUUGAUAUUCCUUGAGAAGCCCCUUCAGAAGUCCAAGUUCCUCCAGCUCCGGAAGAGACUCUGUGGGAGUUCUGUCCUUGAGUGGCCAACAAACCCGCAGGCUCACCCGUACUUCUGGCAGUGUCUGAAAAAUGCCCUGGCCACAGACAAUCAUGUGACCUAUAGUCAGGUGUUCAAAGAGACAGUCUAGCCCUUCUUUGCAAAAUGUGACUGCCUAACUUACCAAGGAGCAGCUUGGCUGCCUACAUUUUCUCAUAAACGUCUCAUCAAAAGAGUGUUUGUAAAUUAUCCAAGACAUGGGAUUUCCUAUAUCAGAGAGGAGUCACCAAUGUAUGACAGAGGAAUUGGAAAAAUGGGAUUCAUAUAAUGCAUUGAGUCAUCUUUCUUACCUCUCUGUGUCUCCAUUUGCACUUCAGUCUCUCCCUUCUGCUCCUGCAUAAAAUACUAUUGGGAGAAGGGUAGCAAGUAGAGGACAUGGGGCUCUCAUUCUCCUGUAAUUGUGAUUGUUAAAUAUAUACACAAUCACAAAAUUGAGAGGAACGGCACUUCUACCCUUAUGAAGGCUGGUAUGUAUAGAAAUAGAGGGAAAAAUGCUCAAGGUCUGUCGAUAUGACAUCAAAAUGUACCAGAGCUAGUUAGUGAAAUAAAAACAUAGUUAACUCCUCAACUAAUUGCUUCCGUAUCAUCUCGCAACCCCUUCUGUGCAGACCGAGUGUUGGCACCCAACAGGUGGUUGCUGCUUAGGUGCUGUUCACUCUUUUCCCUUGGGCCUGUUGCUGGGUUCCAUGUGGAAGUAGUGAGAAACAUCUUUACCAUCGAUGGACAUAGUCUACUUACAAAUGGAAAAAAAUUAAAGUGAUCUGCCUUUAUACAAAGUGAUGCUCUUUACUUUUGAUGAUAAUUUACCUGCUUAAAUAUUGUUAUGGACUAAGUGUUUCUUCCCCUGAAGUUCAUAUGUUGAAAUUCUAACCCCCAAUGUGAUGGUAUUAGGACGUG